CCGCUCCCUCCCGAGGGGGCCGCUCGCACGGGAAGCCGGAGAGGCGGCGGGGAUGGCGCUGUGACAGCGGGGCCGGAGCCCUCGGCGUCUCCCCGCGCGGCCGCGGCCCCGCGCCCCGGCCGCCCGAGAUGGAGUCCACAGCCUACACUCUCAAUCUGACCCUAAAAGAAGAAGAAGAGGAAGAAGAGAUUCAAAGCCGGGAACUGGAGGAUGGCCCCACAGAUAUGCAGAAAGUCCGGAUCUGCUCCGAGGGUGGAUGGGUGCCCGCCCUAUUCGAUGAGGUGGCCAUAUAUUUUUCCGAUGAGGAGUGGGAAGUUUUGACCGAGCAACAGAAGGCCCUCUACCGGGAAGUCAUGAGGAUGAAUUAUGAAACUGUCCUGUCCCUGGAAUUCCCAUUCCCUAAGCCAGACAUGAUCACUCGGUUGGAAGGGGACGAGGAGUCUCAGAAUUCUGAUGAGUGGCAGCUCCAAGGAGGACCUUUGGCAGAACCCGAGGAGUCGGAGGUCAAGGCCGCGGACUGGGCAGGUCCCGUGAGCGCCGCCGCGCAGUUUCACCAGCCCCAGCCCCUGGACGGGCUGGGCCUGCGGCUGCCCCGCGACCUCACGGAGCCGCCCGAGUGGAGCGAGGGCUACCCCUUCUACAUGGCCCUGGGCUUCCCGGGCUGCGAGCUCUCGGCGGACGACCUCGCUGGCAAGUUCCAGUUCAGCCGGGGCAUGCGGCGCAGCUACGACGCGGGCUUCAAGCUCAUGGUGGUGGAGUUCGCCGAGAGCACCAACAACUGCCAGGCCGCCAAGCAGUUCGGGGUGCUGGAGAAGAACGUCCGCGACUGGCGCAAGGUGAAGCCGCAGCUGCAGAACGCGCACGCCAUGCGCCGCGCCUUCCGCGGCCCCAAGAACGGCCGCUUCGCCCUGGUGGACCAGCGAGUGGCCGAGUACGUCAGGUACAUGCAGGCCAAGGGCGACCCCAUCACCCGCGAGGCGAUGCAGCUGAAGGCCCUGGAGAUCGCGCAGGAGAUGAACAUUCCGGAGAAGGGCUUCAAGGCCAGCCUGGGCUGGUGCCGGCGCAUGAUGCGGCGGUACGACCUGUCCCUGCGGCACAAGGUGCCGGUGCCGCAGCAGCUGCCCGAGGACCUGACGGAGAAGCUCGUCACCUACCAGCGGAGCGUGCUGGCGCUGCGCAGGGCGCAUGACUACCAGGUGGCCCAGAUGGGCAACGCCGACGAGACGCCCAUCUGCCUCGAGGUGCCGUCGCGCGUCACGGUGGACAACCAGGGCGAGAAGCCGGUGUUGGUCAAGACUCCCGGCAGGGAGAAGCUCAAGAUCACGGCCAUGCUGGGGGUCUUGGCGGACGGGCGGAAGCUGCCGCCCUACAUCAUCCUGCGGGGCACGUACAUCCCGCCCGGCAAGUUCCCGAGCGGGAUGGAAAUCCGCUGCCACCGCUACGGCUGGAUGACGGAGGACCUGAUGCAGGACUGGCUGGAGGUGGUGUGGCGGCGGCGGACGGGCGCGGCGCCCAAGCAGCGCGGGAUGCUCAUCGUCAACGGCUUCCGCGGCCACGCCACCGACUCGGUCAAGAGCUCCAUGGAGAGCAUGAACACCGACAUGGUGAUCAUCCCCGGCGGCCUGACCUCGCAGCUGCAGGUGCUGGACGUGGUGGUCUACAAGCCGCUCAAUGACAGCGUCCGGGCCCAGUACUCCAACUGGCUGCUGGCCGGCAACCUGGCGCUCAGCCCCACGGGCAACGCCAAGAAGCCGCCCCUGGGUCUCUUCCUGGAGUGGGUCAUGGUCGCCUGGAACAGCAUCUCCAGUGAGUCCAUCGUCCAGGGCUUCAGGAAGUGCCACAUCUCCAGCAACUUGGAAGACGAAGACGACGUCCUGUGGGAGAUCGAGAGCGAGCUUCCAGGAGGCGGGGAGGCGCCCAAGGAAUGCGAGGCGGAGGCGGCAGCGGAGGGCAACUGACCUGAGGGGAGAGCCCAGGUAAUGGGGGGCCCCAAGGACGCACGUGGCGGCUCCAGUGACAGCCCUCUUCGGGUUCCCCAGACACCCCUCUUCUUGCCGCUACUGGCUCCUGUACCAAGAGCUCUCUAGCCUGGGGUCAGGGCGCCACCGACUCCCGGCCAUCGGCUUCUCCCUGACAUCAGCCUGCGGUUGCCUGGCUCAUCUGUGGGUGUUGGACGGGGGAGCGCUUGUACCAUACCUAAAAUGAACAGAGUCAGCUACCAGAAUAUUUCCUCUGAGCGCCGUCAUGCUCAAAUUAUUUGGGCCUGAAAGGAUAUAGUCUGACAUUGCUCAUUUAAACAAAAAGUUUUGUCCUGAAGCCAACUUUCUUCUUUCCCUUAUAAAUCAUGUUGAGCAUUUAGGGCCGGGUUAUGUUAUCUGAUGCCCUUGGGGCGACUGUGCGCCCUUUCUGGGGCCUGUAGGGCCAUCAUGGGGGAGAGCAUGGCGCUGUGGGCCUCGGCUCUCCGUCCUGGAGUGGUCCGCAGAAGCCCACUGGGACGUGAGAACGGUAGCUUAGGCUUGCUUUUCCGUAGGAAUUCAGAGGUGUUUUCGAACGUCAUCUUAGUCUCCUAGUGACCUUCACAUGGAUGGAGGGAGCAGUUGCAGUAAUUUCUUGUAGUCCACUGACGUCUGAAGGGAGAGAUUUCUAAAUUGAAUCUUUGCACCAAAAAAAGAAAACAGGGCACAUAUCUAGGACUACAGUGAAUAAAGUCCAAGGACUAGGACAAUAGGCCUGGAAUUUUCAGAGUUGAAUAUAGAAGGGGAGCAGCUUUAAGAGGAAGUGGGGGGUGGGACUGACAGACGACACCGGUGACGCUUCACCAAAGUGAACAAGAGGAGGGGAGCCUCCACCCCCUCCCUGCCACAUACACAGCUCGAGGUGAGAGAACAGCCCACCAGGUACAGAUUCAUUUUACCCUCUUGCUCUCGUUUGCCUAAUGGUCAGUUCAUUUGUUUCCAGAGACACAGUUCAAUAUGAAAGACCAUUCCUCCUUUCACAGAGGACCUAAAACUAUUUUGAGGCUCUUCGUCCUUCUGUAGCGUAACUACAUGGUUCGCUCCUCCUUGCUUUUUUCUCGAAGCAAAUGCUGACAAGUCUUUCAUCCUGCUCCUUGCUGUAUUAACUCCAGGAGAGGCUUCCAUCUCCGCCCCUGCCCCCAAACCCAAGUGUACUCAUGCUGCUGGACUCCAGGGCGGUUCUGAGACCCUCGGUGACCGUGGAGCCCAGGAGGGGUUCUUACUGUGACAUUCAAAUCUCCGAAACUGCUUUCUCCACCUUGUGUCCCCUUCCCUUUCCGUCCACAAACUUUGCCUCCCUUUUCUGCUAACCACUAUACAAAUCAAACUUUGGCGUAUGGUUUUUCAUUCUUUUCUCAUCUUAGCUUUUUUUCCCCUUUUAUGCAUUUUUUAAAUUUCCUAAGCUCUUGCUACCAGAAGAGGAAAGGGAGGAGACAGGGCUAGGCUGCAGCUGGGAAGGUAGGCGUGUACGCCUGGUAUCAUUCGUGACUUCUUGCCCAGCGUGACCGCCAGCCAGCCCUCUGUACGGUGUCUGCCGUCUGGGGAACGGAAGACGUGAUGCAAGUAGCUAGGGAUUGUCAGUAAACAGGAGAUUUAGGAGGGGACAGAUGGGCAUAAAAUUGCCCUUUCCUCAUCUGUUUGGAAAUCUGACUAAUGGAAUAAUUAUGUUCGUUAAAAUGUAUACGAUUUCUAAAAUCCAAGGGUUAUUUCACACUGAGGUUCUGUUUUCCAGCAAAUGGAACUAUUUGAAACAGGUGAGGAGGAGAAUCCUCGAGAAGAUUCCUCAGUGUGGAUGCACCGGGUGCAGCAAAAGGCCACAGGGCUCUGGACAGCAGCCUGUGUACCCUAUCCCGUGACAUAGCCCAGCCCCGCUCCCCAUCCACAAAGUGUCAGAAAAGGUGUCUGAGACCCUUGAUUUCAGCAGAGACGAUGAUUAGGGAAGAAAUGGCUUCUGUCCCUUUUUUUUUUUUUUUUAAAGAGACUAAUCCAUGUGUCCAUCAAAAAAACAAAAAACGAAACCAAACCUGUAAAUAUGAAGGAACAAAGGUAUUUCAUGGAGAAGAGACCAUUUAUUCAACACCACCGAGAGACUCAGGUGGGCCCAACUCUGCUGGUGUCUGUCCUUUCUGUGGAGCAAACCUCAAGUCAGUGUUUUCUUUUGCCUUUAAAAAUGCUUCCAAGAGAGAACCUGUAUCCACACAGGUCAAGACUGCAGAGAAGGUUUUGUGGAAAUGAGUCCUUAUGUAUACCUGCCACUCACAGAUUUCCUCUUUUGGAAAAAGGAGAUACUAAUGAUAACAAAAUCCAGAUACGCUGGCCUGGUGCCAGCAGAUGGCUUUUCUACAGACAAACUAGGUUCCAGGAAGAUACAGGUUAGAAUAAACUGUGCUGUUUUAGUUAUCUUCCCAAUCUGAUUGGCAGCUAGAAUUUUUUAGGAUCUUCUUUAAUGGCCCCACUGUGUUGUUAGCCUUAAUGAUAGGGCAGCACGUGGUACACAAGCUCUUCUGUUUCUCGGCUGCCUGAAGACAAAGUCACCGUAAAUUAUCUGCUGUCUACAUGGUACAAGGCUCCUUGACUCAUCUGAUACUUGUUUUGUUGACUUCUUUAAUAUUUUUAUCACGGGGGUAUGAGAGGACAUGGGCCUUUAGCCACAGCUGUUUCAAGACUUCUAAUCUCCUUCUAUCCCGCAGGAAUAGAUGGGAGGUCUUUGAAUUUUUACAUUAUUACAGUAAUUUGCAUUCCCACGUACGUUGUUACAAAAACAUUCCUUCCAAGCUCUCUGUGCUACAGAAAACAUGCCAGGACCUUAUAGACAAAGCCAUUGCUAGCAAUGUCAUUCCAAUGUCAGCUCUGAAUAAUAGACUACCAUAACCACUUUUCCUCCCUGUAGACUCAGCUCAUUUAUCUAUUAUACUGUUCUGGGCAUCUUGAAACACCUAUUUCUACUCAGGUACUCAUUUUCCUAUUAGCGAUUCGCCUUUCUCCUAUUUUUAAAACCAGUUUUCCUCCAAGGUCACGGGGGGAUAUUUCACUUAGUUUCUGGUAACUGAAUAACUUUCGGUAUGUGAAUUGUUUCUCCCCAUUUGCUUUCACCUGUACUGAAUUCCUUGUUAUCUUCAAUGGCAUCCAGAUCCAGCUACUUAUCAUUCCAGAAGUUUCCAUCCCCUCCACUUCGACUUAAUUUAUCCACUACUCUCCUGGUUCCUGGCCCUUCCUCUUUAUGUUCUGUUUUACUUGUUUCAGGAGUUUAAAUGAUUUUGUAAGACCUAAUUUUGGGUUCCUGCUUUGGAGCCAUAGUUUUCUUACAGAGAAGAGCAGAAAAUGGGUUCAACGCCUAUUUCAUUCCACCAACACCUUCUUGAGUCUCGUCAUCAGCUGAUAGAUGAUGCCUUACAGGUUGCAUAGCACUGGAACUUUCCUAGAGUAAUGGCUCUACUGUCAGGGUUUUUCUGGGCUCAUUCUUCCACUGACUUAAUUAUGAUCUAUGCUUAACAGAGUCCCAGUACAACUAUUUUGCAGAACGGCUAUUACCCUAGAACUACUAUAGCACAUAUUGAGACAUAGAUGUACUCCCCAGUAGGUAGAAAUUGACCCCGACAAUAAACUUUGAUAAUAAAGACAA